CCCUCUUCUUUGUCUGAUCGAUCGAUUGCUUCUCCCUCCUCUCGCUACUAGACUAGAGAGUAGGUAGAGCUAGCUUUCUAGCUCGUGGAUCGUUAAGUUUGUAGUCCUGCCCGGGCGCCGGCGGUGAGGUCGCGAUGGCCGGCGGCGCGGUGGUGAGCACGGGGGCAGGCAAGGACUACCCUGGCAAGCUCACCCUCUUCGUCUUCUUCACAUGCGUCGUCGCCGCCACCGGUGGUCUCAUCUUCGGAUAUGACAUCGGUAUAUCAGGUGGUGUGACGUCCAUGGACCCGUUCCUGAGGAAGUUCUUCCCGGAGGUGUAUCGGAAGAAGCAGAUGGCGGACAAGAACAACCAGUACUGCAAGUACGACAACCAGCUGCUGCAGACCUUCACCUCGUCGCUCUACCUCGCCGCCCUCGUCUCCUCCUUCUUCGCCGCCACCGUCACCCGCGUCCUCGGCCGCAAGUGGUCCAUGUUCGCCGGCGGCCUCACCUUCCUCAUCGGCGCCGCCCUCAACGGCGCCGCCGAGAACGUCGCCAUGCUCAUCGUCGGUCGUAUCCUCCUCGGUGUCGGCGUCGGCUUCGCCAAUCAGUCGGUGCCGGUGUACUUGUCGGAGAUGGCGCCGGCUCGGCUGCGGGGGAUGCUGAACAUCGGGUUCCAGCUGAUGAUCACCAUCGGCAUCCUGGCGGCGGAGCUGAUAAACUACGGGACGGCGAAGAUCAAGGCCGGGUGGGGAUGGCGGGUGAGCCUGGCGCUGGCCGCCGUCCCCGCCGCCAUCAUCACCCUCGGCUCCCUCUUCCUCCCGGACACCCCCAACUCGCUCAUCGACAGGGGCCACCCGGAGGCGGCGGAGCGCAUGCUCCGGCGCAUCCGCGGCUCCGACGUGGACGUGUCGGAGGAGUACGCGGACCUGGUGGCGGCGAGCGAGGAGUCGAAGCUGGUGCAGCACCCGUGGCGCAACAUCCUCCGCCGCAAGUACCGCGCCCAGCUCACCAUGGCCAUCUGCAUCCCCUUCUUCCAGCAGCUCACCGGGAUCAACGUCAUCAUGUUCUACGCCCCCGUGCUGUUCGACACCCUGGGCUUCAAGAGCGACGCGUCGCUCAUGUCCGCCGUCAUCACGGGCCUCGUCAACGUCUUCGCCACGCUGGUGUCCAUCUUCACCGUGGACCGCCUCGGCCGCCGCAAGCUGUUCCUGCAGGGCGGGGCGCAGAUGGUGGUGUGCCAGGUGGUGGUGGGGACGCUGAUCGCCGUCAAGUUCGGGACGAGCGGCAUCGGCGACAUCCCCAAGGGGUACGCGGCGGUGGUGGUGCUCUUCAUCUGCAUGUACGUGGCAGGGUUCGCGUGGUCGUGGGGCCCACUGGGGUGGCUCGUCCCCAGCGAGAUCUUCCCGCUGGAGAUCCGGCCGGCGGGGCAGAGCAUCAACGUGUCGGUGAACAUGCUCUUCACCUUCGUCAUCGCGCAGGCCUUCCUCACCAUGCUCUGCCACAUGAAGUUCGGCCUCUUCUACUUCUUCGCCGGAUGGGUCGUCAUCAUGACCGUCUUCAUCGCCCUCUUCCUCCCCGAGACCAAGAACGUCCCCAUCGAGGAGAUGGUGCUCGUCUGGAAGUCCCACUGGUUCUGGCGCCGAUUCAUCGGAGACCACGACGUCCACGUCGGCGCCAACCACGUCUCCAACAAUAAGCUCCAACCAUAAUCCGCUCACGAAUAUCGUCGUCCAUGUCUCCGUCACGCCCUAUAUUCUUCUUCUUGUGUUCAUCCCCGUGUACAGUAGAUGCCUUUUAUUAGUUUGUUUUGUUUUGCCUAGUCAGUCUUCAAUCUUAAUGUACGUGUGUUUCUUGUUUGGCCAAAUUGAUCUUAAUUGCUGUACCUUUCACUGUCAAAGAGCGUCCCUUGUUACCAUUAUCACACGGAAAGAUUAAUCAAUUAAUUUCACUCUGUAUGUACAGCAA